AAAUAUCAGUACGGUCAAAUCGACAAACCGCACUUUGGCCCCCUCGAUAGAAAGCCUCGCAGAAAGAAGAAAAUUAAAAAAAAGAAAAAAAAGAAAAGAAAGAGAGAAUCGUUGUUUGUUGUUUGGGUGUGCAGAUUAAGAAAAGUAUCGAAGACACAAAAGACAGUUUGAUGGUUAUGAUGAAGAAGUUGAUGAAGGGACCUCACUGUCUACAUGGUUGAAAUGGGUAUUGGAUUCACCAGCUUGACGCGACCAAAACCAAGCUGUGCGUUGAGUCGCUCCUUUCACUUGCCUCACAAGUCUUUCAUAUAUCACCACCAGAACCAUCAUGAUACAUUAUUGCCUUGAACCUUUUAUCGGAUCUCAGUCGCGGAUCCACCACAGCCAUCUUGAUAACCAGCUUUUUUCUUUCUCCAAUGGACCCCACAUCUCGUCCGGCCGUUGUCAUCGAUAACGGCACUGGGUAUACUAAGAUGGGUUUUGCGGGGAACGUAGAGCCUUGUUUUAUUCUUCCAACAGUUGUAGCAGUCAACGAGUCAUUUCUAGAUCAAUCAAGAACGUCCUCGAAGGCCAAUUGGCUUGCGCAAUACAACGCAGGCGUGAUGGCAGACCUUGAUUUUUUUAUCGGUGAUGAAGCAUUCACGAAGUCGCGAUCUAGUAGUAUUUAUAAUCUUAGUUAUCCUAUUAGGCAUGGCCAAGUCGAUAAUUGGGAUGCUAUGGAGCGGUAUUGGCAACAAUGUAUAUUUAAUUACUUGCGGUGUGAUCCCGAGGAUCAUUAUUUUUUGUUAACAGAGAGUCCACUUACUGCACCGGAGAGUAGAGAGUACACUGGUGAGAUUAUGUUUGAGACUUUUAAUGUUCCGGGCCUAUAUAUUGCAGUGAAUUCGGUGCUUGCUCUUGCAGCUGGUUACACGGCAUCUAAGUGUGAGAUGACAGGUGUUGUUGUGGAUGUUGGAGAUGGGGCCACUCAUGUUGUACCGGUUGCAGAAGGUUAUGUUAUUGGGGGUAGCAUCAAGUCGGUUCCUAUUGCUGGAAAAGAUGUUACUCUCUUCAUUCAGCAGCUCAUGCGGGAAAGAGGAGAGAAUGUACCACCUGAAGAUUCAUUUGAGGUAGCUCGAAAAGUAAAGGAAAUGUAUUGCUAUACAAGUUCAGACAUUGUCAAGGAGUACAACAAGCAUGACAAAGAACCAGCUAAAUAUAUUAAGCAAUGGAGAGGUAUCAAACCAAAGACAGGGGCACCUUACACUUGUGAUAUUGGUUAUGAACGAUUUCUUGGCCCUGAGAUAUUCUUUAACCCAGAGAUCUAUAGCAGCAAUUUUACCACUCCUUUACCAGCUGUAAUAGACAAGUGUAUCCAGUCUGCUCCAAUUGACACAAGAAGGGCAUUGUAUAAGAAUAUAGUUUUAGCUGGAGGAUCAACCAUGUUUAAGGACUUCCACAGAAGGUUGCAACGGGAUUUGAAGAAGAUUGUGGACGCUCGGGUUCUUGCAUCUGAUGCUCGACUUGGUGGUGAAUUAAAAGCACAACCUGUGGAAGUUAAUGUUGUCAGCAAUUCUAUCCAGAGAUUUGCAGUUUGGUUUGGUGGUUCAGUACUUGCAUCAACACCUGAAUUUUUUGCGGCCUGCCAUACAAAAGAAGAGUAUGAGGAAUAUGGAGCUAGCAUCUGCCGCUCAAAUCCUAUCUUCAAGGGGAUGUACUGAUAAGAAGAAUGAUUUCUGAUGAUUGCUUGGCAGGCAUUUCUGGAUGUUGUUCCAUCAAUUGCCUAAGCCUCAUUGCCCUCCUCUUAUCUUUGCUUCUUGCUAAAUGUUAAUCGUGGAUGAGAAAUAUUCCAAAAUACAGGGGAAAAAAUAAGUUUCCUGUAUUCAUUCAUUGACUAGGGAGCUGAAGAGGGGUAUUUCUCAUCUUGCCAAUAGGACGCCGCAAUUUGGUUGCAUGGCCCAAGUAGGCCAUGCUGGCACUUGACCAGAUAAGAAUUAGAUAAAUAUCAUCAGAGCUGAAUUGCAUUUUAAGUGUUAAGCUUAGAGGGAUAUGAUACAUUUUUAUUUGUAUUUUUUAUUUUUUUCCUUUUUCAAUUGGUUGGGAGAGAUAAUUCAGUAAGGUACAUUUUGAGGUAGGAAGUUUCAUUCAUAUUAUUUGGAGUAUUGGAAGUACCAUUUGAGUUAAAUGUGAAUUCAAUUUCUAUA